AAAAGCGCUGAGCACAAAUUAAUUUUUAAUUAAAUUAUGUUUGUUAAAAUUUUGUUGGUGACACUUACAGCCACUGUGCUUGUACAGAGAUCCCAAGGACAUACUAUUUCAGACGAUGGAUUUCACGAUGUCAGAAAGUUAACAGGACAACAUGUUGGUCGUGCUUACAUCGAAGAUGUUGGUAUGGGAAAACAUACACCCGAAGAGGAAAAGGAUCCAGAAUUCUGGAGAAGUUUGGCGCGCAAAGAGUUGGAGCAGAAUUUAAAAAAGCAGCGCUUAAAUAUGAACAAGGCCAAAAAUGUGAUUUUCUUUUUGGGUGAUGGCAUGUCUUUGAGUACCGUAGCAGCGGCCAGGAUGCAUAAGGGUCAGAAAAAGGGCCAUACGGGUGAAGAAGAGGUGUUGAGUUUUGAAAAGUUUCCUUUCACUGGAUUGAGUAAGACCUACUGUACCAAUGCUCAAGUUGCCGACUCUGCCUGCACUGCAACAGCUUAUUUGUGUGGUGUUAAGGGUAACAUAGUGACAAUUGGCGUUAAUGCUAAUGUUCAAUUUAACAAUUGUACAGCCAGUAUGGAUCCCAAAAAUCAUGUCUCUUCCAUAGCCCAAUGGGCUCAAAAGGCUGGUAAAUCUACGGGCUUUAUAACAACCACCACCCUAACACAUGCUAGUCCCAGUGGAUCGUACGCUCAUGUGGCCAAUCGUUUGUAUGAGAGUGAUACCGAUAUUAAAUCAUUCGGCAUAGACCCUUCGGAAUGCAUGGACAUUGCCACACAAUUGGUAACCCAAGAGCCAGGACGCAACUUUGAUAUAAUAAUGGGAGGUGGCAUGUCCAAAUUUUUACCCAACACCAUACACGAUACUCAUGGCAAUUUGGGUAUACGAGAAGAUGGCAAAAAUUUACUCUCCACUUGGCAGGGUAUGCAUCCCAAAGGCAUUAUUGCCACCAAUCGUGAAGAAUUGUUGAGUUUGAACACCUCUAAAGUUUCCAAUAUCAUGGGUAUAUUUCAGUCUGAGCUUAUGGAUUAUCAUUUGAUGGCCGAUCCUGUCGAUCAACCAACUUUGGCCGAAAUGACUGAAGUGGCUUUAAAACUACUGCAGCGUAAUGAUCAGGGUUAUUUCAUAUUCAUUGAGGGCGGUUUGAUUGAUAUUGCUCAUCAUGAGACUAAAUCUGCGAUAUCUCUGGAUGAGACCUUGGAAUUUGAAAAGGCCAUACAAUUGGCUAGAGAAAUGACCGAUCCCGAGGAUACUCUUAUAGUGGUAUCAUCUGAUCAUGCUCAUCCCUUAACCAUAUCGGGCUAUCCGGGCAGAGGUACAGAUAUCUUGGGUCUCAAUCAACAUGAUGCCGACUCCAAUGGUUUGAAAUAUUUGACUUUAAACUAUCCCAUUGGUAUAAAACAAUAUAUGGAUGAUAAGGGCAAUCGUUUGGAUUUGGAGGAAAUUGAAAGAGGAAAUGACUUCCAGUACCCUAGCUAUAUCAAGUCCAAUGAUGGCCAGCAUUCUGGUGAUGAUGUGGGCAUUUUUGCUUCUGGACCUUUUGAUCAUUUGUUUAGCGGAGUCCUGCAACAGAGCACUAUACCGCAUUUAAUGGCUUAUGCUGCUUGUAUUGGCGAGGGUCCUACUAUGUGUGAUGAAGAGUAGAAUGAAAAUUAAUGAUGUCCAGACAAGUGACAAAGUUGUAAAUACUCGUAUACGACU